GCAAUGCUUUUAUUUUGAAAAUCAGACUAAUCUUUUAAUGCUUUUAGGGUAGACGAUCAAUACAUUUUCUUGUGAAUUAAGAUUUUGAGGUACAUGAGCUAAAGGAAGUCUUUUCCUGAUUUAAAAUGUUCAGUGUAGCACAACAGAACAAAGAGUUGUAUUUUAUGAAUCACUACAGCGAGAGGAAAAGUCCCUGGUCAUGUGCACAAGCUGAAAUUGACAAAUUUAGUCCUUGAGUGUGCUGUGUAGCAUAGAUAACAGACUCACACCCUCCAACGUCUGUCCUUGACGCACAACAGAUAAGUGAGGUUCCCAAACCAACUGCCAGAAAAGUCACCCAAAUUCACACAUCUGCCACGGCUGUGAAGAUGGGUGUGUUUGUGUCUCUGCCAGAACCGGUUAUGGCCGACAAAAUUCCUCCAGAGCAGGAGAACCCGCUGCUCCACCAUCAGGGCUUACCUAAUGGGAAAGAAGGCACCAAAGAUGGGCUGCAGGCGAGGGGGCAGUGGGCCAGCAAGGCGGAGUUCCUCCUGGCCGUUGCGGGGCAGAUUAUCGGAUUGGGCAACGUCUGGAGGUUCCCUUACCUGUGCUACAAGAAUGGAGGAGGUGUGUUUUUUGUACCCUACCUGUUGUUCCUGGUGUUGUGUGGUAUCCCCCUCUUCCUCCUGGAGACUUCCCUGGGACAGUACACGAGUCUGGGUGGAGUCAGCGCCUGGAGGACUAUUUGCCCGUUAUUCGGAGGUCUGGGCUACGCCAGCCAGGUGAUGAUCCUGCACGGCUGUGUCUACUACAUCGUCAUCCUGGCCUGGGCUGUCUUUUACCUGUGCUACAGCUUCCAAGCACAGCUGCCCUGGUCCCACUGCAACAACACCUGGAACACGGAGUCGUGUUUCCUCUUCGACCAACACAACCUGACCGCCAAUAGCAGCAGCGUGCCUGAGAACGCCACCUCCCCCGUCAUGGAGUUCUGGGAACGGGAGGUGCUCCGCCUCUCCAGCAGUUUAGAUGAACUGGGUCCAAUCAGCUGGAAGCUGGCUCUGUGUCUGGCCAUCGUCUGGCUCGUUUGUUACUUCUGCGUCUGGAAGGGGGUCAAGUCCACCGGAAAGGUGGUGUACCUGACAGCCACCUUCCCAUACGUUAUGCUGUUUGUGCUGCUGGUGCGCGGCGCCACACUGCCUGGAGCGAUGCAGGGCAUCAUCUACUACCUCAAACCUAACCACACCCGCCUGGCAGACCCACAGGUAUGGAUGGAUGCAGGUACCCAGAUUUUUUUCUCGUACGGCAUCUGUUUGGGAAGUCUUACAGCGCUGGGCAGUUACAACAAAUACAACAAUGACUGCUAUAAGGACUCGUUCCUCCUGUGCCUCCUGAACAGCAGCACCAGUUUCCUGGCUGGUUUUGCCAUCUUUUCCGUACUGGGCUUCAUGGCUGAGGAGCAGGGUGUGGACAUCGCCACAGUGGCCCAGUCAGGUCCUGGCCUCGCCUUCAUCGCCUACCCCAGAGCUGUAGCCAUGAUGCCUCUCCCUCAGCUGUGGGCCGUCUGCUUCUUCCUCAUGAUCAUCAUGCUGGGGCUGGACACACAGUUUGUGAGUCUGGAGGCCCUGAUGACGUCUGUGACUGACCUCUACCCUCACCUGAUCAGACGAGGUCACCGCAGGGAGCUGCUGCUCUUGUUCGUCUGCGUCGUGUGCUUCCUGGUCGGGCUGGUCAUGGUCACACCGGGAGGACUGUAUGUGUUCCAGAUCUACGACCAUUUCUCCUGCAGUGGAGCCAGCCUGCUUUUGCUCUCCAUCUUCCAGUCUCUGGCCAUCGGCUGGGUCUACGGAGCCGAGCGCUUCAGCAACAACAUCAAGGACAUGACGGGCUACGACAUCCUGCCCGUCUUCAGACUGUGCUGGAAAUACUUAACCCCGGCUGUGUGCACCGCCACCUUCAUGUUUUCUUUGGUAAACUGGUCUCCUCUAAAGUUGGGUAAGGGAAUAGUAGCUCCAGCCUGGGCCAGCAUGCUUGGCUGGAUCCUUACACUCUCCUCCGUCUCCCUGCUUCCCAUCUGGGCCAUCUACGCCCUCGCCACCACCCCAGGAACUCUAGCACAGCGGUUCCAGCUUCUCUGCAGCCCGACCAAAAAGCUGCCACUGGCGCUCCGACACUUCCCCUCCAACAACUCAUCGCUGCCCUACAGCUCGGCACUGCCCCUGACUGACAAGCCAAAGGAGCAAAUCACAGACAUCAUCCAGGACCGUAUGGCCUGAUAAUGGUCAGUGACAGUGACUGUUGGUCAGCCAAUCAGGGGUGGCCAAGGGGAAGGUCCACUGGAGGUGCUGGGUCACGAUUCAGCGGCUGGAGCCUCGAAAAGGCGAGUCUUAAUGGAGCAAGAAGAUUAUACACGUUGAGCUUUGAUCGCCUGAGUAUGGACAACAUCUUUGCAGCUAUUGGUAUCCCACAAUCCACUGCACACUGGUUUAUUCUUACAUGAAACAUUAAUCCUUCAAUACAUUAAGGUUGUUUAUUUUAAGAUGUCAAUAUUUAACUUGAUUGAUGGCAGACCUACCAAGUAACCAAAGCCUGUUGCCCAGCAACAGAAUCAUGACUUGAAUGCACCCAACUUUUGCUGCCUUUGAGGACCGUGUGACUCAGUACAUUUACAUGCAUUUAGAAAAAGUUGAUUUAGACAUGUUAGAUUGCACUGAUCUGAAUUCCCUGCAAUGCCUAGAUAAGUGGUUGCAUGCUCAUACCUCAGCUGAACCCCAUGCACUGCACAUGCUCCCCAAUUUUCAAGCCAAGUUUUGACCAAAAAGUUGCAUAAAUGCUAACCAUAGCCGAAGUAAUGCUAUCGUCUGCCUUCAAAUAUGACGAAAAAGUUUACUAACCUGUUGCUAACUUGCUUGCAAAGUCUGCAGGAAGGUGUGCUCGGCAAUAUCAAGGAAUGGCAUUUGAACGUACUGACUCUAGAAACCCACUGUACAGCUCAUCAGCCCCGCUCUUUUGAGAAUCCAACCGUGAAUCGAGAUGGCUUGUUUCACCGUUAAGACCUGACCUAACCCCCUUGUUACUGGUGACCAGUCUUUGAGACAGCACACACUCCUCAAACUACAGUUUCAAAUCUAUCAUUUUCUCUUUUUCACUAACUGAAUCACUGUCCUUAUCGACCAUAAAAUCACAGCGCCUAUAGCCAUCAAUCACAGAGAAACUUAACUCUCUAUGAGAGAUCACAGCUUGUGUUAGCACACUCAGCUCUCUCUGCUCCUUAUUUCCAGUGUCAUCUGAAAUGUUCUUAUACAGGGAUUUGUCUGCUCUUCUUUUUUUAUUUGUACUUCAUCCUCUGUGGUUGCACAGAGCUCAAAUGGUUCAUUAACAUGCCUUACACCCAGAUCAAGUGGUGCUCAUCAUGCAAGGUUUGCAUUUAUCCAAAUAUAACUUUACUGCCAAUGAAGCGCUGAACUUGAUCAACACUGACAGAAUCAUGAAAACGUGUAGUAACUGCUUACAUUUAUUUGUCGAAUCUAUUGCUAGAUUAAAGCGGAUAGGAAAGACUUUUGUACUUUUCUUAGAUUAAGGAAGAGGGUAAGGGCCACAUGGAAAGAAUUCAUCAGUUUUCAUAUCAUACUCUACAUAUUGACUCAAAGAGUACGACUUUUAACAAAUAUGAGAUCUCACAGAAACUCGUAAGCAAACGUGACUUGUGACUUCAGAGACCAUCAGGUUCUUGGUCACCUCUUUUACGAAGACCGUUGUCCACUGAUUGCUCAGUUUGACCAGGCGACUGGCUCUUGAAAGAGUCCUGGUUGUGCCAGUCUUCUUCCAUUUGAGAAUUAUGGAGGCCACUGUGCUCUUGGGAGCCUCCAGUGCAGCAAAAUGUUUUGUGCCCUAAUUAAUCUUGUCUCUUAAUGCCAGGUAUACAGUGUGCGAUUUUCCUGCAAUUCAGCCACGAAUUUGGAGUCAGUCGGAUCUGCGUCGUUUCUCGUGCUGUGUACAGGGUCAUACGACGGCCGACCACGGCCCAACUACGACCUUACAAUCAGCUCCCGACUGAUGGUGAGGAUUUCUGGCAUGUUUGAUAUUUUGGUCGUACGACUCCAGACACUUCACAGUGAGAGCAGAAAUGCGAGCAGAAUAAACAACUUUGGAGGAUUGUUUUCCUUUGUAAACAGUCAGACAACGUUCCAAAUUACCAUGACAACAUCUGGAAUCACUUUCUGAUGCACCCCGCUAUGAUAAAGUGAAUAAACGAGCAGGAAAUACUCGUAUCUGUUGACCUGCGCUGCACCUGCAGACACAGAUGUGCUCUCUGUCUCACACACACACAGGGAGAGAUAGCGGGAGAGGGAGAGAGAGAGAGAGCACGAGAGAGAGAGAGAGCGGGAGAGACAUGGGGGAGAGAGAGGAUAUGCUUCGCCCUGAAUGUGUGAGCCUUUAAAAAAGGAAACUCCGCGGGUUUCUGUUACAGUCCGUACUGACUCUAGUCUCACAGUGUGAGCGCUCAGGUCAUGCACAAGCGUCGGAUCAUACGGUGUGAGCGCACAACUCGUGCGCGAUGGUCGUGCAUCGUAAACGAUCCAGUCGCACAGUGUGAGAUGACGGUCGGCUUGAAAUCGCACAGUGUACACCCGGCUUAAGUUAAAAACCUUAUAGGGUGCUACUUUGAAAAAAGGACUCCUAAAUUCAAGGCAAGAGACCAGCAGAGGUGUGCAUUGCAAAAGAAUGUUUUAAACUGUUUCCUGUAUUUCCAUUUCAAUGAAGUCCUCUGCGACGCUCGGUUUUUGCCCUAUGGCAUUUGCUUGCUUAGGCUGAACUACAGUUUUAUUUCGAGUAGCUACAACCCUCACAUUUCCCAGACUUUUUAAUCGAAUUAGAAUCCCACAAGGUUUAUUUAACAGUAUACCCCUCUGUUUCCUUUAAAUACUGGCUUAUGACCUAUUAUACGGUAGUUGAGCUACCGUUUAUAGCAAGUAGUUGUACCACUCUCCUUUGCUGCUCUCUUUCCUUAAAUAUAGGGGCCCUUCAAUCAAAGGAGCACCCUAUAAGUUUUAUUUACUUAACAAUAUACCUUCAAUUCUUUUAAAUACUGGGCUGUGACCUGUUACGCGGUAGUUGAGCUCAGUUACCAUAUUAUAGCUGGUAGCUACAAUGUCCUCUUUUGCUGGUCUUUCUCGAUUUUAGGAGUCCUUUCAAUAAAAGUGCCACCCUACAAAGGUUUUUUUUACGUAUAAGUAUUCCCAUCCAUUUUCUUUAAAUACUAGAUCAUGAGUUUAUAUACGAUAGUUGAGCUCAACUACUGUACUACAGCACUCGCCUUUUUUGACCCCUUACCUUGAAUUUCUCAACUACCAUAUAAAAGCUAGUAGCUACAAUGCCCACUUUUGCUGGUCUGCCUUGAUUUUAGAAGUCCUUUUAAUCAAAGUAGUACCCUACAAGGUUUAUUUAUUAACACUAUAACCCCCUUUUUUUUCUAGAAAUACUGGAUGAUGACCAGUACUACGGUAGCUGAGCUCAGCUACCGUGCUUAAAGCAUAUAGCUACUGCACUUGCUUUGCGGGGCUCUUGCCUUGAAUGUAGAAGUCCUUUCAAUCAACACAAAACCCUAUAAGGUUUAUGUGGUCAACAUAUCAUUCUGUUUUCCCUUAGUACUAGAUAAUGACCUGUAAUAUGGUAGUUGAACUCAACUACUGUUUUAUAGCUAGUAGCUACAAAGUUCACCUUUGCUGGUCAAUUGCCUUGAAAGUAGGAAUCCUUUCAGUCAAAUUGGCACUCCAAAAUGUUUAUUUACUUAAUAGAAUACCCCUCUAUUUUUUUUAAUAAUGGAUAAUGACCUGUUAGAUGGUAGUUGAGCUUAACUACCGUAUUUUUGCUGGUGGCUACAUCGCUCACCUCUGCUAGCCUCUUGCCUUGAAUGUACGAGUCCUUUUAAUCAAAGUUGUACUCUACAAGGUUUGGUUACUUAACAGUAUACCCCUCUGUUUUUGUUUUUUUCUUUUUUAAAUGCUGGAUUGUACAACGGAGUAUUAGGGCUACACGAAGAGAAAAAAAUUUAAAAGAUUUUUUUUUUUUUUUUUUUUUUGGAUAUUACGAGAACAAAGUCAUAAUAUUACGAGAAAAAAAAAGUUGUAAUAUUACGAGAAAAAGUUGUAAUAUUACGAGAAUAAAGUCCUAAUAUUACGAAAGAAGUCGUAAUAAUAUGAGAAAAAAGUUGUAAUAUUACGAUAAUAAAGUUGUAAUAUUAUGAGAAAAAAAGUUGUAAUAUUACAAUAAUAAAGUCGUAAUAUUACGAGAAAAAAAGUCAU